AUGUCCGCCGACAACGUGGUGAAGAUACCACCCGCGCACGACCUCCCGACCCCGGAGCCCGAGUCACCCUCCAUCCCUCGCUCCCGCCAGCCUUACCGCUUCUCCACGCUUUGUGCGACUGUCGAGACACCAGACGCCGGGCAUAAAGAUCAGCAUGGCAGCUCUAGCGUACCCAUCUACCAGACUGCUACCUUCAAGGGUGUAGGUGGACACUACGACUAUACCCGCAGCGGGAACCCCACGAGGACGCAUUUGGAGCAUCACAUUGCAAAAAUAUCCUCUGCAGAGCAUGCGUUCGUUGUAUCGUCCGGCAUGGCCGCACUUGAUGUCAUCACCCGCAUACUCAAGCCCGACACCGAAGUCAUUGCCGGUGACGACAUAUACGGCGGCACGCACCGCCUCCUCACCUACCUGCGCACUCACAUGGGGGUGACCGUGCACCAUGUCGACACCACCGAGCCUACAUCUGUCCUUCCCCAUCUCAAUCCCGGAAAGACCGCUAUGGUCCUCCUAGAAACGCCGACGAACCCGCUACUCAAGAUUGUCGACAUUGCGCGCAUCAGCGCACUAGUCAAGGAGAAGUGUCCCGAUGCGACCAUUGUAGUUGACAACACCAUGAUGAGCCCGUAUCUCCAGAGACCACUCGAGCACGGUGCGGACAUUGUGUACGACAGCGCCACCAAGUACUUGAGCGGGCAUCACGACCUUAUGGCCGGCGCCAUUGUCUGUAAUCGAGACGAUCUGGCCAAGCAAAUGGCGUUUAUAAUCAACUCUGUUGGAAACGCACUCACCCCUUUUGACUCGUUUUUACUUCUCAGAGGGAUCAAGACCCUUGCUAUCCGCAUGGAUCGCCAGCAGUCUACCGCAAUGCUCGUUGCCCAGUUGCUAUCCCGCCUCGGCUUUGUGACACACUACCCUGGUCUGCCAAACCACCCGGGCAAAGAGGUUCAUGAACGUAUCGCUGAUGGGUACGGCGCGGUCCUUUCUUUCCAGACCGGGGACGUGGCGCUCAGUGAGCGCAUUGUCGCUGCAACUCGACUCUGGGGCAUCAGUGUGAGCUUUGGCUGCGUGAACAGUCUGAUCAGCAUGCCCUGCGUCAUGUCGCAUGCCUCCAUUGACCCGGCGACUCGCGCUGCACGCGGACUCCCGGAGGACCUGAUUCGCCUGUGCGUCGGGAUCGAGGAUCCCGCUGAUCUGAUUGACGACCUGCAGCACGCACUGCUUGAGGCGGGCGCAAUCAUGUUCGCUGCGAAUGACUACGUGCGCAUACCGAACCCGAUCAGUCGCGCUGUGGAAAAACUCGCGCUGGGCGAGCCGAGGCGCAACGAUGCGCGUCCACGGGAGGACAGAGAGUGGUUCGUGAGCGCGCCGGGCAAGGUGAUACUGUUCGGCGAGCAUGCGGUCGUGCACGGAGUAACGGCCAUUGCUGCCUCCGUAGACCUGCGCUGCUACGGGCUGACGUCUCCGCGACACGACGGCAAGCUGUCGGUUCACCUGACCGACAUUGGGGACUAUCGUCACGAGUGGGACGUUGAUGACCUGCCCUGGGACGCGGUCACGCCCAUUCCCCCAGGAGAGCCACACCCGGACCAGCUCGACCCGAGGCUCAUGGAGGCGAUCAGCGCGCGCGCGCUGCCCCCUGCAGACGAGAUGCCCCGGCAGACACACGGAUCGCUGGUCGCGUUCCUCUACCUAUACAUGACCCUGGCGCAUGGCGGCCAUCGGCCAUCCUUCCACUACGUCACGCGCACGACGCUCCCCAUCGGCGCGGGCCUUGGGUCGUCCGCGUGCUACUCGGUGUGCAUCGCCACCGCGCUGCUGCUGCUGCACCAGCGUAUUUCGGUGCCCCCGCUGCCCGCGCCGACGCGCGCGCCGGGCGCGGGCGACCCGGGGCACGUGCACGUGUCGCACCAGGGGCGGCGCGCGAUCCCCGCGGUCGCGGCGGAGGAGGCGAACCGGUGGGCGUUCGUCGCGGAGAAGGUGCUGCACGGCAACCCGAGCGGCGUGGACAACUCGGUCGCGGUGUUUGGCGGCGCGCUCGCGUACACGCGGCCGGGCUUUGGGCGGAAGAGCGGCAUGGAGCCGAUUCAAGGCUUCAAGUCGCUGCGCUUCCUGCUCGUGGAUUCGAAGGUCCCGCGGGACACGAAGAAGCUUGUCGCUGGUGUCGCGCUGAAGAAGCUGGAGGACCCUGAGGCCAUCAACAAGAUCAUGGACUCCAUCCAAAGCAUCAGCGACGAGGCGCGUCGGGCCUUGGCGGACCCUGAGCUAUCUCGGACGUCGUUGCUUUCCGCACUUGCUGCGUUGAUUAACGAGAACCACGCUCACCUGGUUUCGCUGGGUGUGUCGCAUCGCUCGCUGGAGACUAUCCGCUCCACCACGGCCGCAGAGCAGUUCCGGUUGAGCACUAAGCUGACGGGUGCCGGCGGCGGGGGUUGUGCAGUUACGCUUGUUCCGGAUGACUUCUCGGACUCGUCGCUCCGGGCGCUCGUCUCUGCACUGCAGGCAGCUGGCUUUGGAACCUACUCGACAUCCGUGGGGGGCUCCGGGCUGGGCAUCCUGUCUCCGUACAACCACAAGGAGACGCGGGCACCCGUGACCCCGCCAGAGACGCCUGCUGAGAGCGACGACAGCGUGGACGGCACAAGUUCGUUACGACAGUACUUCGAGAGCAUCGACGGAAGCACACUCUCAAGCUGGGCGGACGAGUGUGGUCGCUGGGCCUAUGUGUAG